AUGCGUUCUUCUAUUGCUCUUCUGGCUGCUUCUGCCAUUGGUGCUUUUGCANAAGACACCAUGACGACCUCGCUUUUCCUAGGCGGCACUCUCGACAAGGGACAGAACUUCGCUGGAUCGGUCGUUUCGGUAGGCCCCAGCGAAACCGUCUACCAAAUCGUAUGCGGAGCCACCGAUAUUUGCGGCACCGCCGUGCCCGUAGGACUCUCUUCUUUACAUGCUGUAGACAACAGUACUGACUCAAAGGCACAGCAAACCGUUACCAUUGGUCCAUCGCACCUCAACUAUCAAUUCGCGACCGAAACCAUGGGAAUUGAGGCUACUGCUUCCGAGACUUGCCAGAUCAGUGGAACUACCGCUGCUGUUUGCCAGGCCACGUUCACCUUAGAGGUCAAUGUCCCGGAUGUCACCUCGACAAGCACAGUCGUUGAGACCACUACGACUCUUAGUGUUGUCCGCUGCUACUCCUGNNCUUCGGCUGCUGCUUCGGCUUCUGGAUCCUCGAAGGCCUCUGAUUCAUCGUCCUCUCCUGGCUCUGCAAGUGCUGCUUCCUCGUCCAGCGCAUCUGGUGCAUCUUCUACCAUGGCGAACGGCAGAGGUGGUGAUAUUCUGGCAUUUGCCAUGUUCUCGGCCAUCUCGGUGUCGGUCGGUGCCCUUAUGAUCCUUUAG